UCAGAGUCAGCGCAGAAAGCAUUGCCACGUAAUUGCAGACUCCGAUUUUGGGCGAUCAGUUUACCCCAGGGUCUUCAAAUUGUGCUUUAUUUCCCCCUCUCAGCCGCCCUGUGCGUGAAACUCACUUCGGCCUGUUCCCUUCCCGUUACCAGAGGCUCGCUCCGCCUCGCAGGGUCCUGGGCGUUGAGCGAUAUAUUUUACUCAAAACGCACGAAUGUGAGACCUCAUCGUUCCUUUUUACCCCAGCUCAUAGUCAUACCGCGGUCUGGAUUCAGGCGAGGAGAGGAGAAACGUUUAGCCCAGCUCAUAGUCAUACCGCGGUCUGGAUUCAGGCGAGGAGAGGAGAAACGUUUAGCCCAGCUCAAAGUCAUACCGCGGUCUGGACUCAGGCAAGGAGAGGAGAAACGUUUAGCCCAGCUCAAAGUCAUACCGCGGUCUGGACUCAGGCAAGGAGAGGAGAAACGUUUAGCCCAGCUCAAAGUCAUACCGCGGUCUGGACUCAGGCAAGGAGAGGAGAAACGUUUAGCCCAGCUCAAAGUCAUACCGCGGUCUGGACUCACAGGCUAGGAAAAACUUGCUAUAGCCUACUACUCUUUGUGUUUAAAAAUCCGGGGAAUAUCCAAGAAGAAGCCAAAUGUUGUCGUGUUGUAUAUGUUUCGGGGUUUUAUUUGACGAGGUGAGGGGCAUACCAUACAUCUUGCUUAAAGUGGAGUGAUUUGGAUCUGUAAAUUCAUACAAAACGAGCCCUGUCUUGAGUUGAAACCAGCGCUGUUAUGGGUUUGGAGUUAUUCUUGAUAUUUUUCUGUGCGUCGAGUAUAAAUUAGCUAAGUAGGUUUGUUAUACGCUAAUCGGUGUUUUGACGUCUGUAUUGAGUCAGCGUCAUGACUUCUGGCUAUGCGCAUGUAAUGGACAGACAAGACUCACUGACGAGCCGCCUGGAGAGCCCGAUAUCAGCCAAACUGGAAACACUGCAGGCCAAGAAAAACUUCUCUGUCAGCCACCUGUUGAAUCUGGAGGAGGUGCGGGAGAUGGUAGGGGUUCAGGCCAAUGAGAGCGCCGGGGAUGCGGGAAGGAGCGUGGUGGAAUCCCCGGGGCUGACCAGCGGCAGCGAUACGACGCAGCAGGAGAAUGAGCAUGUGAGUUCUGAGGAGAAGAAGAGGAAGCAUCGUCGUAACAGGACAACCUUCAACAGCAGUCAGCUGCAGGCACUAGAGAGAGUGUUUGAGAGGACACACUACCCUGACGCCUUCGUACGGGAGGACCUGGCACGCAGGGUUAACCUCAUUGAGACACGGGUACAGGUGAGAGUCAGGGUUAACCUCAUUGAGACACGGGUACAGGUGAGAGUCAGGGUUAACCUCACUGAGGUAUGGGGUACAGGUGAGAGUCAGGGUUACCCUCAUUGA